CCUCCGUCCGUCUGUCCGUGCAGCGGGCGGGGGUCGCGGGGUGGGGUCGACGCGGGUUCGAGACCCGGCCAUGGCGGCGGCGGCCGCUCGGUGGCCCUGGGCCCUGCUGUGCCUGGCGGCGGCCCCGCUGUUGUGCCCCGCGGCGGCCGGCUUGUCUUGUUGUUACCAUGCAAAGGACAAUUUAAUGUGCCGUGAUGUCUGUGAACAGAUUUUGUCUUCUAAGAGUGACUCCCGUUUGAAGCACUUACUGCAGCGAGCCCCUGAGUAUUGUCCAGAAUCAAUGAGAGAAGUGUGGAGUUGUAUAAAUUCUUCUUUGCCAGGAGUUUUGAAGAAGUCUGAUGGGUGGGUUGGUUUAGGCUGCUGUGAGCUGGCUAUUGCUGUGGAGUGUCGGCAAGUGUGUAAGCAGGCCUCUGCAAAAAAUGAUGUUUUAAAGGUCUGCAGGAAGGAAUACGAGGAGGUUGGCCAGUAUGGGUUGAAGGAGAACGGGAGAGGAAAGGUAAGAGACUCAGUUCUUUUAUCUUUCACUACUUCUUCCAGCUUUCUGCUAUCCUGUUCAUCUUCCUCUAAAAAGAAGAAUGCUCUCUUUAGUUGUAUUAACAGAAAUGAAAUGGGGUCAGUCUGUUGCAGCUAUGCGGGUCACCACACCAACUGCCGGGAAUAUUGCCAAGCAAUUUUUCGGACAGACUCCUCUCCUGGUCCUUCACAAAUUAAAGCAGUUGAAAAUUACUGUGCAUCUAUUAGCCCUCAGCUUAUACACUGCGUGAAUAACUACACACAGUCAUAUCCAAUGAGAAACCCUACAGACAGUUUGUAUUGCUGUGAUAGAGCAGAAGACUAUGCCUGUCAGGCUGCUUGUAAAAGAAUUCUUAUGUCAAUGAAAACUGAGCUUGAAAUUGUUGAUGGACUUAUAGAAGGCUGUAAAACCAUGCCUCUCCCUCAGGACCCACUUUGGCAAUGUUUUCUUGAGAGUUCCAGAUCUGUUCACCCAGGAGUCACUGUGCACCCCCCACCUUCAACGGGCCUUGAUGGAGCUAAGCUCCAUUGCUGUUCCAAAGCAAAUUCUUCCACAUGUAGAGAGCUCUGCACUAAACUUUAUAGCACGAGCUGGGGCAAUUCACAGAGCUGGCAAGAAUUUGAUCGCUUUUGUGAGUAUAAUGCAGUUGAAGUUUCCAUGUUGACCUGUUUAGCAGAUGUACGAGAACCUUGUCAGCUGGGCUGUAGAAAUCUUACUUACUGCACUAAUUUUAAUAACAGACCAACAGAACUUUUUAGAAGCUGCAAUACUCAGUCAGACCAGGGAGCCAUGAAUGACAUGAAGCUAUGGGAAAAAGGGAGUAUUAAGAUGCCAUUCAUAAAUAUUCCUGUGCUUGAUAUUAAAAAAUGCCAACCAGAAAUGUGGAAGGCAAUUGCCUGUUCCCUGCAGAUUAAACCUUGUCACAGCAAAUCUAGAGGAAGUAUUAUCUGCAAAUCAGAUUGUGUGGAAAUACUGAAGAAGUGUGGAGAUCAUAAUAAAUUCCCUGAAGGCCACUCAGCUGAGAGUAUUUGUGAGCUCUUGUCUCCAACAGAUGACCUGGAGAACUGUAUACCUUUGGAUACUUACCUGAGCCCAAGUUCUUUAGGCAACAUUGUAGAAGAUGUUACGCAUCCAUGUAAUCCAAAUCCAUGUGCAGCUAAUCAGCUAUGUGAAGUAAAUAGAAAAGGAUGUCAGUCUGGAGAGCUGUGUCUUCCAUAUUUGUGUGUGCCAGGCUGCAAACUGGGAGAAGCCUCCGAUUUUAUUGUCCGUCAAGGCACACUUAUCCAAGUUCCAUCCUCAGCUGGUGAUGUUGGGUGUUACAAGAUUUGUACCUGUGGACACAGUGGAUUGCUGGAGAACUGUAUGGAAAUGCAUUGUGUUGACCUCCAGAAAUCAUGCAUUGUUGGAGGACAAAGAAAAAGCCAUGGAACGUCCUUUAAUAUAGAUUGCAAUGUCUGUUCCUGUUUUGCUGGAAACUUGAUUUGUUCUACACGUCAGUGUCUAACUGAGCACAGUUCAGAGGACGAACGUCGGAAGUUUACAGGUUUGCCCUGUAACUGUGUGGACCAGUUUGUCCCAGUCUGUGGCCAGAACGGGCGCACGUAUCCCAGCGCGUGCAUAGCUCGCUGCGUUGGCCUCCAGGACAACCAGUUUGAAUUCGGAUCGUGUAUUUCCAAGGAUCCUUGCAACCCAAACCCUUGUAAUAAAAAUCAAAGGUGCAUACCAAAGAAACAAGUUUGCUUGACCAGUUUUGAGAAGUUCGAAUGUAGCCAGCAUGAAUGUGUGCCAAGGCAGUUAAAUUGUGACCAGACACGGGAUCCUGUUUGUGACACAGACAAUGUGGAAUACACUAACUUGUGUACUUUGUACCAAAAAGGAAAAAGUUUAGCAUACCGAGGACCAUGCCAGCCAUUCUGCAGGUCGGUGGAGCCUGUGUGUGGGCACAACGGGGAGACCUACGGCAGCGUCUGUGCCGCCUACUCCGACCGCGUGGCCGUGGACUACCACGGGCCCUGCCAGGCCGUGGGCGUGCUCUCCGACUAUGGCUUCCACUCCGAGUGCGCCUUCGUCAAGUGUCCCCAGCUCUCUGCCAUGGGCUGCAAGCCCGUCAUUGCGCCAGGAGCCUGCUGUCCACUAUGUGCUGGAAUGCUGAGAAUCUUAUAUGACAAAGACAAGCUGGAUAAUUUUGCAAGGGUAACAAAUAAAAAGCCAAUAACAGUACUUGACAUACUUGAAAAAAUCCGCCUGCAUGUGUCAGUGCCACAGUGUGAUGUGUUUGGAUACUUAAGCAUAGAAUCCGAAAUUGUGAUUCUCAUCAUUCCUGUGGAUCAGAACCCCAAACCACUGCAGAUUGAAGCCUGCAAUAAAGAAGCAGAAAAGAUCGAGUCCCUGAUCAAUUCAGACAGCCCAACAUUAGCAUCACACGUGCCACUGUCAGCUCUAAUUGCAUCUCAAGUACAAGUUUCAUUUAGCAUUUCUUCUGCUUCUGCUCAAGUGGUGCCUGCUCUGCACUCCCUGUUCAUAAGCUUUCCAUUCACCUUGUCAUCAGCAUUGAUAUAUUAUAUAUAACUGCUUGGGAAAUAUGCAUGAGCAUUGUGGCAUUUAUAUUGUGAAGGACAUUUGGAGUUGUUGAUCACUGAAACAGAAAACAAAAAAACAUGCAAGAUUUUAUGAACUUAUAUUUUUCAAUGAAGAACUAGAAGUAUUUGAAUAAUGUGAAAAGAUUAUUCUCUUAGUCAUAACUAGUCAGAUGACUGUUUCAGCACCAUUAGAUUGUUUCCCAUGGAUCUUGGAAACAUAAAUAUGCUCUGGAAGGCUCUGACAUUACGGAUUUAUGAUUUUGAGGAGAAGUGAUCGUAUAGGGCUUUUUCAGCAAUGAACUAAACAGUGUUUUGAGUUUACUGAAGAAUGCUAAUUUUAUAUUAUUCAGAUGCAUAUCAGUGACAACGAAAGCAUGCACCUAUUUUAAACAUCAUUUUUGGAAGAAACAGAUUGCUGCUACUUAAUUACCUUACCAAAAAUGUAAGAGUUUAUUCUCAUGUAAAUAUGCUUUCAUAUUUUAUUAUGAAGAAAACUAACUAGCCCUGGGCCUAUUUCAGUAGACGUCUUUCCUUGGACUAGGGAAGACUUGCAGGACAUUGGGUUCACUGCUUGUAAAAUGACAAUCAAGCUCUAUGCUAGUACCUGACUUCAGUGAAGAGAUGUGUUCUUUUUAUAGUUUUGUACAUUUCAGAAUCUCAUAUUGGAUGCAAAAUUAUAAAGAAUCUCAGUAUCUAUAUUUAAGUGCCAUUUAAAAUAUUGCAGUAUUUGCAUGUUAUCUAAUGAAAUUUAUACUUUAAAUGUUUAUACAAACAGUAUGUUUUAUUACUUAUUGCAUUUUAUGCACCUGACUUUACUCUACAUGAAGUAUUUUAUAUCAGUAUUAUGAUAGCCAAGUUUUGAAGUAUAUACAGAAAAACUUAUUUUUGCCAAAACGCUGAACUUUGAAAGAAAGCACUGAAAACCUUUUGAAGAUAUAUGUUGUAGCAUGUUUGUAACAAUUAUUUUCUGCUAAAUCUUUUAAAUGCAAAAGUAUUAAAGCUUUUUAUUUUAAUAAA